GAUUCGGUUUGGACUUUUCAAGCGAACUUAUAGAAUCGGCUUGGACUUUUUCUCGAAACGGACUAGUGGAAUCGGCUUGAACUUUUCUCGAAACAGACUCAUGGAAUCGGCUUGGACUUUUCUCAAAACGGACUUGUG